UUACAUGCAUCUCUCUCCUCCUCCGAUCUGUCUUCAUGCUUUUCCCCUUCCCUCUCUCUAAUUCGAACUCUUUCCCUGCACUGAAACCCUAACGCUAGAUUCCCAAUUUCUUCCCCAAAACGUUCCCUUUUAGAUCCCAUGGAGAUGGCCUCGAGUCCGCGAACGGUGGAGGAGAUCUUCAAGGAUUACAGUGCACGGAGAAACGCCGUUGUCCGCGCUUUAACUGACAAUGUCGAUGAAUUUUACGGACUCUGUGAUCCAGAGAAGGAGAAUUUGUGUCUGUAUGGGCACCCGAAUGAAACCUGGGAGGUGACACUUCCGGCGGAAGAAGUCCCACCGGAGCUUCCUGAGCCAGCACUUGGGAUCAACUUUGCAAGAGAUGGCAUGAACCGCAAGGACUGGCUCUCUCUGGUUGCUGUUCACAGUGAUUCUUGGCUGCUCUCUGUCGCGUUCUAUUUUGGAGCACGUCUUAACCGCAGCGAGAGGAAACGCCUAUUUAGCUUGAUCAAUGAUCUUCCUACUGUCUUUGAAGUUGUGACGGAACGGAAGCCCGUCAAAGAAAAGCCCAGCGUGGAUAGUGGAAGCAAAUCUCGAGGCAGCGCAAAGAGAUCCGGUGAUGGACUAGUGAAAAGCACUCCUAAGCUACCACCUGAUGAGAGCUUCGAGGAGGAUGAUGAUGAACAUAGCGAAACUCUCUGCGGGAGCUGUGGCGGAAAUUACAAUGCAGAUGAAUUUUGGAUCGGCUGUGACAUCUGUGAGAAAUGGUUCCACGGAAAAUGUGUUAAGAUAACACCUGCUAAGGCCGAGAACAUCAAGCAAUACAAAUGCCCGUCUUGCAGCUUGAAAAGGGGCAGGCAGUAGUGGACACUCAACCCAAACCAUCGGACGAGAACAAGGCAGAUAGCGUCGUCUCAGUGGCUGACAAAGUAGUAUAGGAAAUGUCACUACUUAAUGUACUGCAUUUGUUGUUGUGAUGCUUGUUCAUAAUAGAUGCUCUGUUCAAAGGGUUUGGAGCCUUUCUUAUUCCCCACCAAACGUUUGCUUCGGCUUUUAUAUUAUUUAUCUUGCAGUUAUUAAUCAUGACAAAUUGUAUGAAUUAUAUUUGAAUCUUUCAACCUUAUGAAAUUAAGAUGAGUAUAAACCAGGUUUGGCAAAUCUGAAAUGACUCAUUUUUAAUGUA